AUGAAGAAGCAUUGCAGCAAAAGAAAAAGGAAACCGAAAUCCGAUGACAUUAGCGACGACGCCGCUUUCGCUGUCGUACUGGCAGCUCUGUCGUCUCCAAACCCCAACUCCCUCCGACCCUUAAUCAAGAAAUGCCUGAACAAACUCCGAAACUCCCUCACCAAUCCCAUCCUCUCUCUUCUCCCAGCUCUCCUCACUUUCAAGUCCCCCACCAUAGCUUCCCGUGCCGCCGAGAUGGUGGGGUCCGCCGCCCUCGAGUCCUUGGACAUGAACCAGAGGAUUUCUUCCGAUGCUGGCAUCAUCAAUGGCUUGCUAGCCGCAUUAGGUAGCUCCAAAACCAGACUUCCAGUGGCUGCCUGCCAUGCCCUUUUGGAUUUGUGCACUACUUCAGUCGGACGACGUCGUUUUGCUCAUUCAUCUGCACUUCCCAGGCUUCUUGAAGGUAUUACCUCUCUGAAUAUUGGGUUUGAGGAAGAUGAACUUCCAGUUCUACUUCUUAAUGCUGCAAUCAUUCUCAUCAACACCUGUAACAUUGAACAAUUGGAGAACAUCCCAACAAACCUCUCCCAAGCUUUCUUUGCCUUUAUGAGAAAUCUGUGGGCAAAAGUGCGUAAUGAGAUGUUACUCAAAAACCCAUUGGAGUCCGCACAAGGGGAAAACUUGUACAUUAGCAACAUUAGAAUAAGUCAUAUGGCUGAAAGCCUGUUUAGGCUUUCCAUUUGUGCUUCUCACCGUACCAAGCCUUUGCCCUUUCAUGUGGUUGAAAGGGGUAUAUUUGGUUUCUCUGAGUCUGGUUUUAAAGAUUUCAUGUCGAACCACUGGGAGGUGUCACCCUUUCUUGUGCGACGCGGGCUGUCAGAAGGGGGUUUAGUUGAGGUGGAUGAUAUUUUUGGUCCAUUUGUAGGAUUGCUAAAUUCAACAGGAAAAUUUCCUUCCUUUCUUUCUUCUAUGCUUCCAAAGAUGGUUUCUUGUCUUCCUAUUUCUUCAGAUGAAUUGAACAUCCUUAAUUUCCUGGAAGAGGUGAAAAUUAAAUUGGGUUGUCCUCUAAUCUGCCAGCAGGACAUUCGGGUUCUAAGAACAGACAGCCACCUGAAGAGGGAGGUGCAUUUCUUUCAGGAGAGUUUGAAUUCUUGCUGCAUAAAAGAUCCCCAUUACUUUACUAUUGAGGAAAUUUUAAAAUGCCAAGAAGCAUACAAAGAGGGUUAUACAAUUGCACUCCGUGGAAUGGAGUUUCGCUUUGAGAGUCUUGCUGCCAUUGCAAAUGAAUUAGCAUCUCUCUUUGGUCAGCCAUCAGUUGGUGCCAAUAUGUACUUGACACCACCUAAUUCCCAAGGCUUGGCUCGUCAUUACGAUGACCAUUGUGUGUUUGUAUGCCAACUUGUUGGGACUAAGCAAUGGAGACUUUUUCCUCAAUCAAAUGUGCAGUUACCUCGAUUAUAUGAUACUCUUGAUUGGCUACAUGAUUCAGAAGUUCAGAAUUCAAUGGCUGAAUGCAAACAAUUUUUGCUGAGGGAAGGUGAUAUUUUGUAUAUUCCAAGAGGUAUUCUUCAUGAGGCAUGCACCGAAAAUAUUAGUUUUGAUGGAUCUGAUGGCUAUUCCUUACACCUUACACUCGGUAUUGAGGUUGAACCUCCUUUUGAGUAA